CUCCUCUCAUUCGUCCUAGAGUCACCGCGUCCUCGCGCUUUUCAUCGCGAACAGAUAUCCUUGUGGAGGCGCCGUAAUAGCGAUGGACAAAGUGGUCGGAAUCCUCGGCGGUGGUCAAUUGGGUCGCAUGCUGGCUGCCUCAGCUGCAUUGCUCAACAUCGAUGUAGUUGUGCUCGAUGUGGGAGAGCACACCCCUUCGAAGCAGGUUAUUGCCCCGCGCGCUCCUCACCUCACGCACAUCGACGGCUCUUUCACGGACCCGGCAAAGAUUCGCGAGAUUGCGGCCAAGGUCGACGUGCUCACAGUGGAGAUCGAGCAUGUCGAUGUCAAAGUCCUGGAAGAGAUCGAGAGCAAGGUCCCCCUCGGCGUGCACCCUAGUCCGUUCACCAUCAAAACCAUCCAGGACAAGUUCGUUCAGAAGCAGCAUCUACAUUCGUCUGGUUGCCCUAUUUCGGACUUCAUCCCAGUGGAAUCCACCGUCGAGGCCAUCCAUGCCGCAGCAGAACGCCUGGGGCUUCCGCUGAUGCUCAAGAGCCGGACGCUGGCAUACGAUGGCAGAGGCAACUUCGUCAUCCGCAAGCUCUCCCAGGCCCAGGAAGCCAUCACCGCCCUCGGAAACAGACCCCUAUAUGCUGAGAAGUGGGUGCCCUUUGUGAAGGAGAUCGCCGUCAUGGUAGUGCGCUCGAGGUCCGGAGAGGUCCUCUCGUACCCUGCGGUCGAGACCAUACACAAGGAAAACAUCUGCCACCUAGUGUUUGCCCCGCUGCGCAGCCGCGACCCCUCCAUCUCUGAGCGAGCGCGUACCGUUGCAGAAAACGCCGUCAAGAAGCUGGAGGGUGCAGGUGUCUUCGGCGUGGAGAUGUUCCUUAUGGCGAACGGAUCCGUGUACUUGAACGAGAUCGCGCCAAGGCCGCACAACUCCGGGCACUAUACCAUCGAGGCAUGCGAAACCUCCCAAUACGAGAACCACCUCCGCGCCAUCCUCGACCUCCCACUCGGCUCCCCCGCACUCAAGGUGCCCUCCGCAUGCAUGCUCAACAUCCUCGGCGCCUCCACCUCCAUGGACGAGAUCCGGUCCUUCGCACAGCUCUCCCUCACAGUCCCCGGCGCGCGCGUGCACCUCUACGGCAAGUCCGAGUGCCGCAAAGGCCGCAAGAUGGGGCACAUCACCAUCGUCGCGGACUCCGACGCGCAGCUCAGCGCGCGCCUGCGCCCCCUGCUCGAGCACAUCCCCGGGGGUCACGACCCCAAGGAGCUCGACCUGUACGCGCCGCUAUUCCCUGGACGCGGGUUCUCGCACCAGCAGCCCGUCGUUGGGGUGAUCAUGGGCUCGGACUCGGACCUGCCCACCAUGCUCCCCGCUGCGGACAUCCUCAACCAUUUCAACAUCCCGUACGAGCUGACGAUCGUGUCCGCGCACCGGACGCCCGAUAGACUCGUGGAAUAUGCGCGGUCUGCUGCGUCGAGGGGCCUCAGGGUGGUCAUCGCCGGUGCUGGCGGUGCCGCUCAUCUCCCAGGGAUGGUGGCUGCUAUGACUGCGCUCCCUGUUAUUGGUGUCCCGGUAAAGGGCAGCUCGCUCGACGGUGUCGACUCGCUCCACAGUAUCGUACAAAUGCCUCGCGGCAUUCCGGUCGCUACUGUGGCGAUCAACAACGGUACAAACGCAGGCCUGUUAGCGGUCCGCAUACUGGCCGCGGGCCAGCCAAACCUCGUCACCGCUAUGGAUGACUACUUGAAGGCCCUAGAGAAGGAGGUACUCGGGAAGGUAGAUAAAAUCUCUGAGAUCGGUUGGGAUGCGUACGAGGCCGCAAAGAAGGCACGUAGCGGUUAGAAUAGAGAGGAACAUGAACACGG